AUGAUGAAAAGUGACUGUCCUUUUCAUUUCUUUUGAAGAUUGAACAUCCUAAUUUUGAAGCUUGAAUAUUAUAUUUACGUCGAGAAGACUUUAUGAUAAAUGGUAUUUUCAACAAAGGUAAUAGUUUCCUUUUCUAUUGUUACUCUUUCUCUCAUUUUCCAGGUCGACGCACCAAUUCCAGAUGUUGUCCCACGCCCAGAACCCGUUGACAUCAAGGAAGAGCCGGGUGAGAAUGGGGAGGGUAACAGCAGCAGCGCCAACUCAAACACUCCCACUGUCUCCCCUUGUAUGCUGCCAUCUACGUCGACUAAGCCACCAGGCACCAUGCCAGCAAGGACAGCUAGUAUCGUUGGACAGGUCAAACGAAAACUCGCCCAAGAUCUCUCCUCGUCAUUUCUUUCGUCGUCUUCAGACGACGACACCGACGACGUCGGGCCUCCAUUGCUUCAAAAGGAAACACCGAUAAAGAGAUUAUGUGGUGGUUUUAAAGCUAAGUCUAUUCCAAAAGUUAAACGAAAAGACUCAUCUUUGAUUAAGAAAUCUAAGUCAUCUUUGUCAAAUGGUAAAGCAAAGUCGGCCCCUGUUACUCCUGUUGCACCGAGAAAUCCGGUAUCACUUAAGAGGAAAAAGAAAGAAGGUAAAAAGAAGGUGAAGAAGAAGAAAAAGAUGCUGCAACCAAAGGUAUCGCUGAAGAAUCCAUCACCUAUAGUAAAAAUCCGUAUCAUGCGGAAGACGAAGAAGGACGGAACAGUCAUUCGAACCAAGCAUUAUGAACAUAAAGAUGGCUCGAUCACUAUCCGCAGAUUAAAACCAAAAGACAAGAAACUGAAAGGGAAAGGGAAAGAAAAGGGUAGUCUUAAAAUCAACAAGACAAAUGCCGUUGUCCGUAAAGAAAGCCUGCCGAAAUUGAAGAAGAAGAAAAAGAAAUUGAAGGUAAAACAGCAACAGCCAGUGACUGCGCUGCCAAAGAAAGUGAAAUCAGAAAAGAAGAUUGCGAAAGUGAAAACAAAAACGAAAUUGAAGGUAAAGAAACAAAAGGUAUCGCCCCCAUCAAAACCACUCCCGCCACCACCACAUUCCCUUUCGCGCCAUUCAUCAACGACAUCUUCAUCGUCGUCGUCAUCAUCAUCAUCGUCCUCCUCAUCGUCAUCUGCGUCCCCGUCACCGUCGCCAUCACCAAUGCCACCGUCUUCGCCCAAACACACCUCCCACCAUCACUCGUCAUCGCUAGUGUCGAGACCCGUCAAGUCGGAGGUGACUGCCGAGCUCGUACCACCUCCCAAGCAUGUUGCCGAGGUGAAAGAAACGGAGUUCGGUAAACUCGGCCCAAUAAAGAUCGUCAUCCGGAGCAAUUCACGAUCAUCAGAAGUUGACGAGAAAAGCCCAAGGAAGGACAAGAGUCCCAUGGGUCACAAGAAAGAGGGAAGUUUGUUUAGCCCAACUGCGCCCUUGGAAUGUAGUCUUAUUAGUCCGACACCUGAUCCGCCUUUGCCGACAAUCACGGAGAGCAGUGACAGUGUCAAAACAACUAAUGUGGUUUCAAGUGGUGGCAAAUCCGGAAAUACACCAAGCACCAAGUCCAGCAGCACUGUCACCAACGGUGUUAAAUCAAGCACGGUCAGCAGUCCCAAGUCAAAUGGUACCAUCAAUAGCUCCAUCAAGUCAGGUAGUCACUCGAAAAGCGGUGUAAAGUUGGGAUCCGAUGUAAACACGGGGAGCUUUAAGAGCAAUAGCGCUGCCGGGAACACGAGUAUGAAGAGCAGUAGUGCUGCCGGGAACACGAGUUUGAAGAGCAGUAGUGCUGCCGGGAACACGAGUUUGAAGAGCAAUAGCGCUACCGGGAACACGAGUUUGAAGAGCAGUAGUGCUGCUGGGAACACGAGCUUUAAGAGCAGUAACGCUGCCGGGAACACGAGCGUGAAGAGCAGUAGCGCUGCCGGAAACACGAGCUUGAAGAACGGUAGCUCUACUGGGAACACCAAUGUGAAAUCCAGUACCUCGAUCGGUAGCAUAAGCUCGAAAACAAAUAGUUCGUUGGUGAAUAACGGAGUAAAGCCUAGCGGCUCGACAGGAAAUGGCGGGGCGAAGCCGAACGGUGUGACGACGACGACAACGAGUGGCGGAGUGAAGCAGACUGCUACGACAGCGAUUGGCGAAACGAAGCCGAGCGGCAUGACAGAGAGUGAUGGUUUGAAGCAGAGCGGAAUGGCAGGGAUUGGCGAGACGAAAUCGAAAGGCACAGCAGUGAUUGGCGGGGCAAAGUCGAAUGACUCAAAGACAAGUAGCGGGGUGAAGCCGAUCAACACGGCCGAGAAUGGUGGGAUGAAACAGAGCGACAUGGCAGGGAGUAGUGGGAUGAAGUCGAAUAUCACGGCGGUGGAUGCCGGGGUGAUGCCGAGCGGCACGGGAGGAAAUAGCACUGUGAGGCCAACCGGCACGACGGGGACUGACGCAGCAAGGCCGAAUAGCGCGGUGAGCCCGAUUAGCGUGGCAGAUAACAACAUGGAGAAACAGCAAAUUUCUGCCGCCACGAGCCCGGUCAAGACGUCCACUACAGCCUCUGCAAGCAGCGCCAAGCAGGACCAUACUCCAAACAGUAGUGCCAAGUCGAGUGUUGUAGCAAAUUUUAAAUCAAGUAGUAUGUCUAUCAACAACAAUACUAAAUCUAGUCUCAUCUCCAAGACUGUAAAACCAAGUGGCAAAAUCAUCAGCAGUGCUAAGGUGUCUAUCAAGGACAAGAUAUCGAGCAGUAAAAAGGCACCUCUGAAAAGUCCACCGGCUUCCAAGAACAUAGUAGAGAGCAGUCCAUAUGACUACGAAGAUGAAGAUGAUUGUCCACUGGUUAUAGAUGAGAAACCAUCGAAUAAAUCCGAGAAGGUGAAAUCCUCAUUCAAGAAAGACAACGUCGCAUCAAUGAAACAAAAUUCAUUAAAUCCAGAAAAGAAAGUGAGUGAAAAAGUAUCUAAUGUUCCCAAAGCUGUUGACAAGAAACAUGACACCAAACCUGCUGGUACUAAGGACUGUAUCAAGAACAGCAACUGGAGUUUGAAUCGCUCUGAACUUAUGCCAAAGAAAAUCAAUGCAUCAACCCCAACUGCAUCACCAACAUCUUCUUUUCCAAAGACCAACGAUGGGUCGAGUAGACAAGACGCACCAACGAGAGCGACGAAUCAAGAUUUAAAAACCAAAAAUAGUAAUUUAAGUCAAAUGUUAAACGCACCAUUGCGAGAAAAAGUCGUUCCAAAGACGACUCCAGCUCAUAAGUCACCUUUCACGACUCCUGCAAAUUCUUGGAACAAUCAAAUAAUUGGAAGCCUAAAUGGAAAACCAAAACCCUAUGAAACGGUUGUAAAUCGCGUAGAAUCCGUUACGAAUCGUCCCCAAACCGUUCAGAGUCGCGAGAUAAUGAAAGCCCCUCCCCAAGCUUUCAUAAAACAGAAGAAUGGACAUUCAAUCGCAAUGGAUUCACCUAACUUGCCAUCAAGAGCGAAGCCAGUUACAGGGGUGGAAAAGCCUAAGCCCCCUGGACAAUCUCUCAAACGAAAUCUCAGCCCUGUCGAAUUGAAUAACAACAUCACAAAGACUCUUGAUAAACGCGGAAAUGUUAUAAAGGACCCGGCCAAAUUGCAUGAGAAAACGAAGUGUGCUAAAACAAUAUGCAAAAGUGUAGCCCAAAACGUGGAGAAGAGAGAUGGUUUGUCGACGUCGCUGCCGCCUCAUCCUCCACCCAUUCGAGUUCCCGUCGUCCCGAAAUCGAUCCUUACUGUCCGAACCGAACAGAGAGCAUCUUCGUUCACCGCGAUGCCGGUAGAUUGCCCCCUGGAUCUGAGCAUGAAAUCCCCAUCUGCUGCGAAGAUCAAGCGAGAGCUAUGGCGUCCGCAGCCAGAGAAAGUGGAGAAUAUUCUCGUAACCGACGUGAAAAUGGGAGAGUUUACCUUCACCAUUCGAGAAAGUAAUACCGCUGAGGGUUUCUUCUCGCAAUCAUGAUGGAUUGAUCACAUCCACUUCCGGUAGAAAAUACAUCAUUUCAUUAUUUUGAUUCCGGAUUUUUUUUUUCGUUUAUUUAAUAGAAUGUAACUGAAAUAUUAUUAUUUUU